GAGCAUCGGUUCUGUCCGGCACGGCCACCUUUUUCCAGCCUCGACGCAACCCGUCUUGGAUGCCAUUGGCGACGUACGCGAAUUUGGUGGGAGAUUAGGCGCCUUAUGUUGGCCCAAUUUGUCUUGGUGUGUGGUGCUCGAUUGCUCAUAGCCACCGCAUAUCCCGAUAGCCUUCAUGGUUCGGUUUUGAAGGAAGAGAAAUGGCUGAUAUCAUGGUGGUAUUCGACUUCGACAAGACGAUCAUGGACUGGGAGUGCGACGAUUGGAUUGUCCAUGAGUUCGGAUUGAUCGAUUUGGUCAACGAGCUUCUUCCUACCACGCCCUGGAAUUCUCUCAUGGACAAGAUGAUGGGACAGCUUCAUUCGAGAGGAAAAACAAUCGCAGACAUUGCAGACGUACUGAAAAGAGCUACCAUGCAUCCCAGGAUCGUUCCCGCCAUCAAAUCAAUUCAUGCUUUGGGGUGCGAGUUACGGAUUUUAAGCGAUGCCAAUCUCUUCUACAUCGAGACCAUCCUGAACCAUCUGGGCAUACGGGAGUGUUUCUCCCAGAUCACCACCAACCCGAGCUUUGUCGACGAGGAAAAAGGGAGGCUCAGGAUUUUGCCUUUUCAUGACUUCAGGUCCUCUCCUCAUGGAUGUGGUCUCUGCCCUCCAAACUUGUGCAAGGGAGCGGUGAUCGAAAGGGUACAGGCCUCUGUAUCUGCGGAGGGCAAGAAGAAGAGGUUCAUCUACGUGGGAGACGGGGUCGGCGACUACUGCCCGAGCCUGAAGCUCUCGGAGGGCGACUUCAUGAUGCCGAGGAAGGACUACCCCGCCUGGGACUUGAUCUGCCAGAACCCCGCGCUGCUGAAGGCGGAGAUUCACGAGUGGACCGACGGCGAAGAGCUGGAGCGAGUCGUGCUUCGGUUGAUCGACGCGAUAAUCACUGAAGAGGAGAUCAAAUCUGGCCGGUCGAUUUCAUCGGACCGUGAGAUGCAGAACAUUGCAGACCAUCGCUGUGCCUGCCCUUGAAGCCCUUCCUUACCGGGAUAGGGAGAGAGUCGAUUAACAACUAAGAAAUGAUGCUUGGCUGAUGAAAUUGCGAUCAACUACGUCUGAUGCGCUUCUUCUUACCAUGUCCUCGAACACUCUUUAGUAGUAAUUUCUUUGUCUUCGGAUGGUGCCAUUUUCACACGCUUUUAAUUAAACCGUACUCUUUUCAUAUUAA